UGAUCAGGUGUCAAUUGCCAACUACUCUCUCUAUCUGUAUCUUCUUCCAGCCUUUCAGUAUCUUUGCAGAAAAUCCCUAUUAGGUCAUCAAGAACCAAAUAUUAAGAGGUGGAGUGUAUCGAUUAUCAUUAGUAAUCUUGAGAGAAAAUGGCGAUAUAUGGAGGGACAACUCAGAAAUGCAAGUCUUGCGAGAAGACAGUAUAUUUGGUGGAUCAGUUGACUGCAGACAGUAGAGUUUAUCACAAGGCUUGUUUUAGAUGCCAUCACUGUAAGGGAACUCUCAAGCUGAGCAAUUAUAGCUCCUUCGAGGGUGUGCUGUAUUGCAAGCCUCAUUUCGAUCAACUCUUGAAGAUGACAGGCAGCUUGCAGAAGAGUUUCCAAGGUGGUUCGCGACAGGUUAGAUCUGCAGAUCAGGUCCAAACCAACAACAAAGUUUCAAGAUUAUUUGUUGGAACUCAAGAUAAGUGUGUUGCGUGCAAGAAAACAGUCUAUCCAAUAGAAAAGGUGACUGUCGAUGGAAUAUCAUACCAUAAUGCUUGUUUCAAGUGCUAUCACGGAGGAUGUGUGAUAAGCCCGUCGAACUUCGUGACCCACGAGCAACGUCUAUACUGCAGGCACCAUCAUUCUCAGCUCUUCAAAGCCAAGGGAAAUUUCAGCCAACUUGGCAAGCUUCAAGUCAUCUAAAAUGGAGUACUUGAAUAUUUGAUGAGAAUUUUUAGUAAGAUUUGCUAUUUGUUUUUAUGAAUUAUAAAGCUUU